AUGGACAUAGAAUGCAAGGUCAACUGCCACAAAAAAUGCGAGAAGCACAUGGCCAACCUGUGCGGGGUCAACCAAAAGCUCCUCUCCGAGGUGCUCGCCACGGUCAAGAAAGAUAUGGCGACCUCUCCGCCAGCAGCGGGGACACCCGGAGGAGGCGGCGGAGGCAAGACCCGCGCGGCUGUUCCCGGAGCUCCGGAAGAGGCAUCGAAGACGCCUGCUUUGCCAGCCUCGCCACGUCGGUCAUCGACCAUCGCGGACCUCUCAGAGGUCCGGCAGCAGCUAUACUACAAGGAACAGGAGCGCAAGGAAGAAGAGAGGAGAGCAGAGGAAGCGGAAGCUACCUCUCGGCCUCCACUUCCGGGCAGCCGUUCGGCGCCGCAGACCCCGACGCAGGAAGAGCGCGUCAAGUUCCGCAAGUACAACCUCACAGACUUCAACCUGCUCAAGGUCCUCGGCAAGGGCAGCUUCGGCAAGUACCUCCGCGAGAGGUUCAAGAUGGACGUCCCCCAUCGGUUCCGGGUGCACAAUUACAUGAGCCCUACUUUCUGCGACCACUGCGGCUCUCUGCUCUACGGGCUCUUCAGGCAGGGGCUCAAGUGCCAACGCGAAAUGCUCAUAGGCGACGUAGGGUCCCUCAUCGGUGGUGGCUCUGGUACGAUGCGCACUGCUCUGGAGUGGCUGUUGGUGAUGUCUGCUGCGCAUCCACAUCAGCAGGAUCUCGUGGCAACCGAGGUGACGCCGUUAUGGAAGAGAGGACACCGGUUCAACGAUUACGUGGAGUGA